AUGGCAUCUGAUGAUGAAAAUCUUCAAAGAGAUUUGGGUAUGCCUGAAGUUGCUAAAGAAGGUCAAACCACUCUUGAAGAAAUUACUCUUGAAGGUGUUCCAACAUUAAGAAAUAUAAUCUCAGAUGUAUUAAUGGAUGUUUUAUUGUAUAUGACGCCUAAAUAUCGUGAAGUGAUGAUAAGUACAGUUACAAGGGAAGCAAAUCGAGUAUAUAACUUGUUUAUUGAACGAAAUCCUAAAUUCAUUGAAAAUGGGGGGAAAGUAUCAAUAUAUGGACAUUCACUUGGUUCCGUAUUAGCAUUUGAUGUACUUUGUCAUCAACCACCAAUUAUGCCUUCAUCAGCAUUUAGUAUAUUUAGUGAAAUACCCAAUUCAGCUGAUGUGGCUCGUGUUAAUCACGAUUCUGUAAAAUUAUGUUUCAAAGUACAAAAUUUCUUUGCAGUUGGUUCUCCAAUUGGAUUGUUUUUAUUGUUAAAAGGUCUUAAAAUUUCAUCAAGAAAAGAUCGAUUAACAAAAAAGUUGGAUCAAAAUGCCUCGAAUUUGCAACUAAGCAUGGACACAUCUUCAUCAAGUGAAAUUCCGUUAUGUCAUCCUGCAGUAAGUGAAAUUAUUACUAUAGUAUUAAAACCCCUUGUCGCAAGACAUUAUGGUGCUAGUUUAAAACCUGCUCUUAUUCCUUAUCAUAAAGGUGGACUUAAAGCUGUUCAUCUUGGAAUUCAAGAAUUUGGAAAUGAUCUUGCUAGCAAAGCUACAAGUAUUUUUUCUACUGUGAAGACAUCAUUAAUGUUUACCAGAGGACUUCAGGCCAUGCUUCCACAAGGAUCAACUUCAUCUCAUAAACGUUCAUCAUCAGUUCCAGUUCCUCCUCCUUCACUAUCUUCUUCACCUUCAUAUAUAGGAACGGAUAAAAUAAAUGAUAUUAGUGGUUCAACUCAAUUAACUCAAACAAUGACAAAAUAUGAUCCUGUAAGUGCAGCAAAACUCGAGAACUUAAAUUCCUCCGGAAGGAUUGACUAUGUUUUGCAGGAAGGUCUUCUAGAUCUUGGUUAUUUAAAUGCCAUCACAGUUCAUCUUAGUUAUUGGUCUGAUUUAGAUGCAAAAUUUCAUAAGAAAUAUUGA